UCUGCCGCUGCCACCAAAUCUUUGCACGAAAAUCCAUCACAAGGCACUUGUGCUCCUUCUUCGGCGGCCUUUGUCUCUCUCUCUCUGCUCUCCACCACCACCAACACCCCCAACAAUAGCAAUUGACAAGACACCCAAAUGGGUUCGAUCUUGAGUUCCUCUUCCUCCAAAGAAGAAAUUCAGUUGGCACUUGAUAAGGCCAAGGAGACUUCCACCUCUGCUCCUGUCGUCGUUUUCAGCAAAACCUACUGUGGUUAUUGCAAGAGGGUCAAGCAGCUGCUGACCCAGUUAGGAUCAAGCUUCAAGGUCAUUGAACUGAACGAGGAAAGUGAUGGGUCUGCGAUUCAAUCAGCAUUGGCACAGUGGACUGGGCUAAGCACCGUACCUAACGUGUUUAUUGGUGGAAAACACAUCGGUGGUUGCGACUCUACGCUGGAGAAGUACCAAAAAGGUGAGCUCUUGCCUCUUCUUAAUGAUGCUGGGGCCAUUGCUAAGAACUCUGCUUAGCUGUGAAUAACGUCGAAACCAGAUGUUCAUGUAGAAACACAAGAAUAAAAAAUGCGUCUCGUUAUGGACGAAACUAAAUGGUGUCUUUCACGUUGAUACAAGAUUUGGAUGGUGAAUGUAACGUAGUAUUAAUGGCUUUUCUGCUGUGUUUUUCAUCUUUUCCUACUUAAGAAAAUUUUGUAAUUUUCCUGGCUUACAAAAGCAUCCCCCGCAAAAUUUAUUCAUACUAAAUUCUUUGACAAUUUGUUACAAGCCAAUCAUUGAAAAUUUCCUAAUGGAAUUGUCAAUUGUGUGGGUA